UUUGGAUACAUUUUAUUUACCUAAAGGUUAACUGAUUUGUGUCUGCUUUGAUGAUAGGACCUUUGCCCAUCUGUAUAUACCAACAGCAUUACUGAUCAGUGUGUAGUUCGGCCACACUCUCUUUCGCUUGCCAUUCAUACGAUUGAGUGGAGUUUCUGGAUGCUUUAAGAAGAGGAGGGGCUCUUCUUCUCCAGUCUUGCACCUCGCGCUGUGAGAUAUUCAGCAGCCAGGCUCCCCAUCAGUCUACUAAUGAACAGGCUCUGACACUGCGAUUGCCAGCGGCCGCCGGAGCAUCAGCCUGACUGUCUGAUAGUAUAUUAGUUUUCAUACUAUACGGCGAGAGGUUAUUAUAUUGUGUUCUCGGUGCUGAAAGCCUCUUUUAACCGGAACGUACACUUCGCAAACCGGUGUGGUUUUAGGUGCACUGGGUGUCAGAGAUAGAGCACCCAACCUCGCUGCGCACGCAUUUCAUUGACUGAUUUCUGCCAUGCAUCCGCAUUGGAGGAGUAUGGAUCAUACAGCCUACAGGCUUGUUAUUUCCUUGUGGUUUAAUGUAUGAUCAUUGCACCAUGUUUUUUUUCUGAUUCAUCAGACAUAUAAAAAAAAAAACCCAUCUUACUCCUAGCAGCUGCACGCAUUGGCUGUGUCCGAACACAUCUCAACUGACAUCUCUGCAUGCAUGCAAGCUGUGUUUUGCAGAUUUUUCUCCUCCUUUUUGCAAGGCAUCACCAAUCAUCCCAACGGAAAUGCCUCUCCAAUGCUGGCUGCUGACUUCCCGCCAGCCGUCCUAAAGCCCGUCAGGAUCGCCGGGUGAACCGACAUGGAUAGUGGGAGCCGGGCUGCGACGGUCGGGGACGGUGCAGCCAAUUUCACAGCAGCCCACCUCUGGCUGGAUCUUCUUAAUGCUUCGAGCACGCCGACGCGGUGGGACAGCAGCCCACCUGCCGAGGGGACCGGGCUGGAUCAGCAGCAGCGCCCCAUCCGAGAGCAAGCCUACCGGGACUUCACCACCACCAUCCAGGUUUUCAUCCUCAUAGGGUCGCUACUCGGAAAUGCCACUGUGUUGUGGUGCACCUGCUGCACGAAUGUCUUUAAGUCUGUGACCAACCGAUUCAUCAAGAACCUGGCGUGCUCGGGUAUCUGCGCCGGCCUAGUGUGCGUUCCCUUCGACAUGGCGCUUGGAGCCAGCCCUCGCUGCUGCUGGUGGCUUCACACUCUGCUGCUCUGCAAGGCCAUCAAGUUCCUCCAUAAGCUGUUCUGCUCGGUCACUGUGCUCAGUUUCAGUGCCAUCGCACUCGACAGAUACUACUCUGUGCUGUACCCGUUAGAGAGGAAGAUCUCAGAUGCAAGAUCCCGAGAUCUGGUCAUCUAUAUCUGGGUCCACGCGACCGUGGUGAGCCUUCCUGUGUUCGCUGUGACCAAUGUGACGGAUGUGUAUGUCACCUCGUCCUGCUCCGAUGACCACGCCCGCUCCCUGGGCCACAUGGUGUACGUGUUGAUCUACAACGUCACCACGGUGAUCCUCCCGCUCGCUCUGGUCUUUCUUUUAAUGCUGCUGAUCCGCAGAGCACUCAGUACCAGCCAGAAGAAGAAGGUGAUAAUUGCGGCGCUGAGGACUCCCCAGAACAGUAUCUCCAUCCCGUAUGUGUCCCAGAAAGAGGCUGAGCUACACGCCACUCUGCUGGCUGUGGUGCUGGCUUUCUCAGCCUGCAGCACCCCCUAUGGGGCCUUGGUAAUUUAUCGCACCGUUUUGGCAGACACUAAAGAGUUACCCAUCUCACUGUAUCUGAUAGCCCUCUGGCUACCCAAGGUGUCCCUGCUCACCAACCCACUCUUGUUUCUGACUGUUAAUCGCUCAGCGCGUCAUAGCUGGCUGGACUUACUGUCCAGGAUUCACAGACGUUACAGCCGCCGUAACAUGGUCAGCACCGGGGGUCUGGCCUCUUUGGGAGGAGAGGGCGUGAUCGGAGAGCCUGUGGGACUGGAGACAGCCGGUCGAUCCGGGAGCCAGCUCCUGGAGAUGUUUAACAUUGGCCAGCAGCAGAUCUUCAGGCCCUCUGAAGAAGAAGGGGAAGAAGAGGAUGCAGAGAAUGCAGAGAAUGAGAUCCCUUCUCAAGGAUCAGGAGGCUGCUCUGGGUCUAAAGAGGACCACAAGAAUGGCUCAAGACUUGGGAGCUUCAAAGGUGAAGUGAUCACCAAAAAAGAUCUUCUGCAGGGGACAGGUGGGGGGCUAAUCAUCACCAAGGACGGCCCGUCUUCAAUCGUAGCACCCCGGGCCUCUCCGGUCCACACAUGUGCUUACGCCUCUUCAUCUCAGGUGGCACCAGCUACACCUAGUGAAGCUGAGGACUCCACACAGUUUGGUUUUGGACCCUUUGAACUGCCACCUCAGUGGUUACCAGAGACCAGGAACAGCAAAAAGAGGCUGCUGCCUCCGCUGGGUAACACACCCGAGGAGCUGAUCCAGACUAAACUGCCCAGGCCGAGGCCUGAACGGAGAAUCAGCAGGAACAACAAGGUCAGCACCAUCCCAACUGUGGACCAGUGAACUAUUCCUGCUGGCCUCUGAUCUGCAACACUGGCCACAACUCAUUACCGGGUAGGCCUCUUGGGUCGACCAUGCCUUGGCAAGAUAUUAAUGAGUCAACCUGCUUGGUGAGAUGCUUGGUUUGGUUAAUUUAAAUCUUUUUUUUUCAAAUUUUCUCAUACGCAAUAGUAGGCUUUGUAGAAAUCCAGCUAGAUGCCUAAGGCACCGCUGUUUUCUCAUUGGACGAGGCUAAAUUUUAUAUAAAAAGAUUUACAAUGCUGUGAGAAAUGUUUCCAACUUUACCCUUUCUUUAUUCGGGACUACAAUGGCUGCAUGAUAAUUGAGGAGGCAGAUGGCUUUUUGAAUGUCCUUGUUUUGAUUAGAGCUGGCAUCAUUGGUUAAAUGAACACACUGUACAAAUCCAAUUAUCCUGAGAGAUGCACUGAUACUGAAUACUAUAUUUCCAUAGCAAAUAAUCAAGCGAGGAUAUUGAACUUCCUAACAAAAGAUUUUGUAAAAUGGUUACUGUGAUUGCACUCUGUUAAUAAACACGUCCCUGUUUCAGUCCUUUGACUUAACCCUUUGUUGGACUGUUUUUUUGUAGUCAUGUUUUACGUCAAGUUUUGGCAUUUACUCGCCCUUUGCUGGCCUUUUUUUCUCAAGUCUUACUUUUGGAAUAUUCACAUUUUUCUCAUGUGGUAGAUGUUAUUUUGUACUAUAAUAUAAGUGGAUUUGCUUAAGAUUAAA